AUGUUGAGUGAUGUGUUACAGUUUGUCACAGGGGCUGAUGAUGAACCAGUAUUGGGAUUUGCAAUGCGUCCGACGAUAAGAAUUCAAAAUGGCAGCCAGACCGCCUAAGCGAUUCAAGUCAUGUAAACUUCGAGUGCGCUCAGUUUCGACGAGUGGCAGGACAACUACCAGGAAAAUCACCCUGAAGAAAUCAAAUUCCUCUGAUUCCUCUAAAUUAGAGUCAAAUUCAGCGCCAUCACGUACGAAAGAACAAGAUAUUCGGCCUGAAUUUGAUAGCAAUGACCUGUGUGAUAAUAUCAGUGAUAAUAUGGAACAAAGCACUUGCGUAAGAGAUUAUCAGACCCGACGAGAAAAAGAAUACGAAGGCUGGCAAGAGAUUCGGGAGUUGCUUUUAGAUGGUCGAAUUGAAGAAGAAGAGUUUCUUAGCGAAGAAAAAUGUGUUAAGUGCAGAGUAGCUGAGGUUACAAUUCGUUGUAACGAAUGUGGACAUAACACAUAUUUUUGUGAGAGUUGUGCAAACAGCACUCAUGAUACCUGCAACUACUUCCACGUGUUAGAGAAGUUCAAGGAUGGUUUAAUUCUGCCAUAUUUCCCAAACCACAAUGUACUUGCAGGGAGACAUCAAACACACUGUCCAGGAGCUGUUUCAAGGAAUGUUAUUUGCAUAGAUCAAUAUGGUAGACAACAUCAGAAGAGAAUCCUAUUUUGUGAUUGUGAGAAGGAUGCAGUCACAUUAAUAAGAUUAAAGCUGUGGCCAGGCAGUGCUUCUCGCCCUUCCUUAGCAUUUCAUCUGAGAUUAAUGGAGUUGGCAGAGACUUUACUACUUGAGUGUCAUGUAUCCCUUCGAAAAUUUUGUGAUGUAUUGGGAAUAUUAACAAAGUCUUCACCUUUACCAUUAUGGGUUAAGAACAUGUACUCAACUCUGAAUAGUGAUUCAUUUGAUGAAUUUCGGUACCAUCAGCAUUUGUUGAGAAGUAGAUACCCCAUGGUAAAGCAACACAUCAGUUGUCAGGGACAAAAUCUAUGUCCUCUUUGCCCCAAGGCCAAUGAAGCUGGAACAUUGAUUGAAUCAAUGGACGCUUGCUUUGGUCUUGUGAGAAAGAAGUCCUCUGGUAAAGCAUCCUUCGCACCUAGGCACCCAUGCACAAUGUUUUUUGAUCAAGAAAAAGUUGACAACUUUGUUGAGAGUUACACAUUGAAGGCAGAGCAAGCAAAAACUGAUUGCAAUGAAUUUAAAGCUGGGGAGGUGAACAACAUGUUAAGGUCCAAAGGCAGGAACAAAUUAUAUGAUGUGAAAGGUGUUUUUGGUCGUGUCUGCCGACAUGAUUAUCCUAAAGCAUUUAUGGAUAUAAAGCAUGGGGAAAGAAUUGCGUAUUCAGUUUUCAGCAUUCAACAUCUGCUGGACAAUUCUAACGAAAAUUGUACAAUAAAGGUCAUGUAUGACAUUGCAUGUACUUUGAAUGCACAUUUGAAGAAAAAUGAAAGACAAGAUUUACUAGAAAAGGUCACUUUUGCAAUUCCCAUUUUUCACUGCUACGGACACAAGUCAACAUGCCAGAUACAGUAUAGCCCUAGAAGACAAUUGGGAUAUGGGUUGACAGAUGGUGAAGGGGUAGAGAGGCUCUGGUCAUUUCUUCGGAGGUUCUCUGCAAUGACCAAAGAAAUGAACACUGGUCGGCGCAUUGAUCUAUUGACUGAUGCAUUGCUGCAUUACUCCACUCGUCAACGUCAACAGUUUGGAUCUGCACUGGCAGGGAAGCUGAAAAGGGUUCCAGAACUGAUGUCCAAUACACUGUCUCAAACUCAGGAGCUUUUUUCAAGGCUAGAUGUUUCGUAUGACCCAGAAAUAAUAGAAGUAUGGAUCAAGGAAGAGGAGAAAUUAAUUAAUGAAAAGAAUGGAAAACGGAAACCCGAACUGACGUGGCAACAUAAUUAUGUACAGCAUUUAUUGGAGCUUUAUCAGCUGAGGGUGCAGAUUGCAUGCGCCAAGGAGAGUGACCAAACGUAUUUCACAGAUAUUGUGAAAAAGAGCAAGAGAGUUGUGAAACUCGUAGAAAACACCGAGCGAAGACAUAGGGUUUUAAAAAGAUGGAAACCUGGUGAGAGGAAAUUUAACGCUGCAGCCUUGUCGUUGGAGAUGAGCAGAAACGAGGCCGUCAUAGAGUCAACUUAUGCCUUAGCAAAUGAGAGAAUGUUCUUGAUCUCAUUGAAGAAGAAGUACGCAGAUGGGCAAGCAAUAGUUAUCAAACUUUCCAAGCAAAUCACGCAGAGGACUAAUGCUAUUAAAACUGCUUUGGGAAAAUACAAUGCAUCGCUGAAGUCUUUGGAAGAUUGGAUCGAGGAACUGCCGAAAGAAAUCGAUUUUGAUGAGGCGAAAGAUCCAGGAUCGCAGCUUUACAAUGAUUUUAAGUCCCCGGCCGGUCAAAACCAAGAUACUGUGCCGUUUACAGUCAAACGAUCUGCAAUUGAUUUGCACAACUUCCUACAGAGAUGCAAGGAAGAGCAAGAACUUCUUAAAAUUGAGAGUGAAAGGCUAAUCAAUUAUUACCUAAACGAAAGGCAAGAACUGGAGUCGUAUGGUCGCGAACAUAGUGAACCUCAAACCAAAUUAAUGAGAGGAGCUGUAGCAUGUUUUAACAAAGAAAUAGUUAACCUUGAUAACACUCUGUACUCACUAUCAUAUUUGCUAGCUGAUCACUUGACAGAAGCAAGCAAACAAAAGCUGCCAACUGUGAAAGUAGAAGCGGAGCACUCGUUAUCUCCGUUACAUGCGUAUGAUUUUGGCGAGAACGCAUCGCUAGAUGAAACCAGUUCAGUUGGCGAUGAGAGUGACUUUGCGUUAAAUCUUCAAUCAUCAGACGAGGACUCGGAGAGUGAACAUUAGUUGUUGAUUGUAAAUAUUUAGUUCCAUGGUGCAACUAUUGUACUUUUAUGAAUAUAACUAUAAU